UUGCGUCUUGCGAAACUUUGAUAAAAAAUAUCUUUUAAUUUUUUUCUUGUCUGAUGUCGAAAAUAGCAAAAAUAAUUUGUUUCUCAGUAUUAAAAUAAUUGUUUCAAGUAUUUAUAUUUUUCUGCUAAAAUAGAGACUGGAGAUUUCAUACUUUGACUGUCUGCUGCUUUGAAUUCUUGAAAAAUGGGGAAGAGAAAAACCUUCAACCUAGCCAAAGUAAAAAAUAAAGCACCGGCAGAAAUUCAAAUCACUGCUGAACAACUUCUCCGUGAAGCGAAAGAACGUGAUUUAGAAAUUGUUCCUCCGCCGCCCAAACAAAAAAUCUCUGACCCCGAAGAAUUAACUGAUUAUCAAAGAAGAAAGCGUCGAUCAUUUGAAGACAAUAUCAGAAAAAAUCGAGGAAAUAUUAGCAAUUGGUUAAAGUACGCGAGAUGGGAAGAGAAUCAAAAAGAAAUUCAAAGAGCAAGAUCUAUUUACGAAAGAGCUUUAGAUGUAGACCACCGAAAUGUAAAUUUAUGGUUGAAGUAUUCAGCAAUGGAAAUCAACAAUCGUCAAGUGAACCAUGCGAGAAAUAUAUACGAUCGCGCUGUAACUAUUUUACCCAGAGCAAAUCAAAUAUGGUACAAGUACACAUAUUUGGAAGAAAUAUGUGGUAACAUCGCAGGAGCUCGUCAAGUUUUUGACCGGUGGAUGCAAUGGCGACCUGAUGAGCAAGCUUGGAUGACAUACGUGAAUUUUGAAAAACGGUAUAAGGAGACUGAUAGAGCUCGGGAAAUAUAUAAUACAUUUGCGGUUAUUCAUCCGGAUGUUGAAAACGCUUAUUCUAUGUACGAAAAGAAAUUUGGCGAUAAAAGAACAAUCGAAAAUGUCAUUAGUGGAAAGAGAAAAGAAAUCGAAGCAAAUCCUAUGAAUUAUGAUGCAGAUUUUUGUUGACUGUUACUUCAUUUAUUUUAGUCUGCCGAACUGGAAACCUACUUAGAUGAAAUUGACCGCGCCAGACUGCCAGAGUAACUAAUAAUAUAUCUACAUGCGAAUCAGUAUAUGAAAUAUUGGCACAAUCCAAGUCAUGGACAAAACAAGAUGACGAUUUUGAUUUUUAAUAUUAUUCAUUUUUUCCAAAGUAAAUUUUGACUCUUUCGUAUAAAUGUAUGUUAUGUAUGUAAAAUAAAACAUUUUUUGUAUUUUCGUUAUCAA